GAGUAACUAACCAUUACUCCCUACGAGUUUGUACAUACAGUCAUUCCCUGCCGCACCUACAGAACUCUCUUUCCGUUUCACCUCUGUCUUGUUCUCUCCCGCCCUCUAAAUGACCUAUUUGAACCCAUACCCCGCGUUCUCUCCGUCACUGUGAUAAAUCAAUCCAGUGCCGCCAUCUUCUCGCUCCAUAGGCUUCGUUGUUAUCCAUCCAUCUCCACACGACGUACGCUUUCCCUAUACCAACCAUCCAUGGUUAGUCGCAAAAUGCUGGCAGUGUCCAUUUUGCGUCUCUCUCAAAAAAUAUAGUUGUGGAGAAGAUAUUGUGGUCUUUCCAUCCUACGUGUAGCUCACCCUUGUCAUGGCGUCGCCCCUCUACAGACAGCCAACCCGAAGCGAGAUCAUCGAACUGGCCAUGCAAGAAAAUCACGAUGCAGAUAUACCCACCAACGCCGGAUCAAUCUGUCCCAAAACAUCUCCAGACCCGUUUCCAUCCCCAGAGAAGGGCCAUAAUCUAUCAACUGCUGUCCUCGAGAAGGACGUCGAGAAGGGCUCUCCGCUGGAAUCCUUGUCCAGCGACGAUGAAGAAGGAACCGGUGCUGGAGAAGUCGAGAAUCCUAACAUUGUUUUCUGGGAUGGGCCCGAUGAUCCGCAGAACCCACUGAAUUGGCCCUUCACGAAGAAAUGGGGUACGGUCUUGAUUGUUUCCGCCAUCACAUUUCUCACACCCUUGGCCAGUUCGAUGUUCGCACCUGGCGUUCCCCAAGUUAUGAAGACAUUCGGAUCUAAAGAUGACAUGUUAGAGGGAUUUAUGGUCUCUAUCUACGUGCUUGGAUUUGCGUGUGGUCCGAUGAUCAUCGCCCCCCUUUCUGAGAUGUAUGGACGAUUGCCGUUGUACCACAGUUGCAACAUGUUCUUCAUCAUCUUCACCAUUGCUGCUGCUGUAGCGACCAACAUGGGAAUGUUCAUCACAUUUCGAUUCUUCAUGGGCUGCUUUGGAGGAGCACCGCUCGUGCUUGGCGGAGGAACGAUAGCCGAUCUAAUUUCUCGGGAACAGCGAGGCACUGCAAUGGUAGUAUGGAUGAUGGGUCCAACCCUCGGUCCUUGCGUCGGACCUAUAAUUGGCGGGUUCCUGACAGAAGCGAAAGGGUGGCGCUGGAACUUCUGGUUCGUGACUAUCGUAGCCGGUGCUUUCGCAAUCAUAUCGAUACUGCUCAUGUCUGAGACAUCCGCUCCAGUCAUACUCGAACGCAAGGCUAGACGUUUACGUGAAUCAACCGGAAACGACAAGUUCAGAUCCAAGCUCGAUACUGGUCUCUGCGCCAGCGACCUCUUCCGAUUUUCUAUUGUUCGGCCGAUAAAAAUGCUCACUCGAUCAGCCAUAUGCGCUGCAAUGUCUGUCUACGUUGCCAUCACUUACGCCUAUCUCUACGUUUUAUUUACAACAUUCACGGCCGUGUUCUCUAAUCAAUACCACUGGCGUGGUGGGGUCUUGGGGCUUUCCUUUCUCGGUCUCGGUGUUGGAUCCCUUGUCGGCCAAUUUGUGUUCACUCGUUAUGGAAACAAAAUUGCGAAUAAGCACAUCACUCGUGGUGACUUUGAGCCCGAGCACCGUCUUUAUAUCAUGGCGGGUGGAGGAUUUUUCCUCCCAAUCGGCCUGUUUUGGUAUGGAUGGUCUGUCCAAGCGCAAUUGCACUGGAUGGUACCAAUUGUAGGCACUGGCGUGAUUGGAUUCGGGCUCCUGAUGACCUUUAUGCCAGCGAACACAUACUUGGUCGACGUUUUCACUGUACAUGCAGCAAGCGCCAUGGCGGCGAAUACGGUCCUGAGAAGUCUUGCUGCUGCAUUCAUUCCACUAAGCAGCCAGAAGAUGUACCAAAAGCUCGGCUACGGAUGGGGGAACAGUCUUUUGGGAUUCGUCAGUUUGUUACUCGUACCAAUACCUUUCCUCUUCAUUAAAUACGGGAAGGGUCUACGGGCUAGAAGUACAGUCAAACUUUGAAAAGUUAUAGAAUAAUCCGCAAAGCAUUUGGUCGGUCCUUGGAUAAUUCAAAAC